GAGUGGACGCCAUUGUUGUUUCCCGCGCUUUCCUACGUCACACUGACUUCGCGUUCGGUUACACGUAUCAUAACAUACUACGUUUACAGUUUUGACUUUGUGCAUUUAUUUUGAGAUACUUUUUAUUAUUUAUUUGUGAUAUCCUGUGAUUUAUUUGAGUGAGUGGUGUGGGCAAUAAAAGCCGGGAGAAAACCCGGUAGCUGUCAGCUGUCAAAAACGUUGAGAGCAUGGAGGCGAAGGUGAAGGAGGAGCUGCCUGACAAGGACUACAGCCAGCCCACCACCACCGAGAGGCGGAAAUCUGUGACAUCGGGCAAAGACAGGCGCUCCCCGGAGCAGGAGGAGGGCAGGUCAUCGCCCACGCCCGGGCCGCCCAGUCCGCAGAACAACGGCACUGCCGCCGUUUUAUCAUCUACGGAGUCCCUCUCCCCGCCGCUGCCCGAAAGCUCGCGGUCCGCGCCAGCGCUGCAGCGCUUGCGCAAGUUCCUGUCAGCGCUGCAGCAGUUCGCUUCAGACGUCGGCGCCGACACGGGCGACCGAGUGCGACAGUUGAUUUUCAACCUUGUUGCGGGAGUGGUGAACAUCGAGGAGUUCCAAGCCGGCGUGCAGGAGUGCACCAACUACCCGCUGCGCGCGUCCGUGCCCGGCUUCCUGCGCGCGCUGCUGCCGCUGGCGCAGCGAGACCUGCACGCGCGCGCCAGGAGGAUCAAACAGACGCCGCUCCAGUACAUCAGGUCGCACGAGCACCUCAUCCUGGAGUCAGGCGGCGACAGCAGCGACAUCUUCGCCACGCAGCAGAGCGGCAACGAGGCGGCAGCCAAGCGGCGCGCGAGCGACCCAUUCUACGACGCCCAGACUAACGGUGCUCAUGACGAGUUCCCACCUCACGCCAAGCGGCCGAGCCUCUUCAACCCCUCUCCCUUCUACCCGCUGCCCAGCAACGCGAGCCUCUUCGACUACAACCCCUACCAUGGCUACCACACCACACACGACACUGGCUUCGAAAGACGAGAUGGUGGCAUAACAGUGCGCGACGUGUCCUCAAUGAACGCGCCGUUCUCCGAGCCGCGACCGGCGCUGCUGAAGAGUGAUGACGAGUGGAAGAACAUCAACACCAUGCUCAACUGCAUCCUCAGCAUGGUGGAGAAGACCAAGCGGGCGCUCGCUAUACUGCAGCAGAGAGGGGUCGAGCCUCCGGAGAGCAACGACAUCAAGAGAGCAGCGAGCGAGAUCAUGGCGACGGCGGUGCGCCAGACUGAGGAGAAAGUGGCGGAGGUGAGGAGACGAGCGGAGGACGCCGUCAACCAGGUGAAACGGCAAGCUCUGUUGGAGCUGCAGCGAGCGGUGGGCGCGGCGGAGACCCGAGCCCUGGAGCUGGUGGCGGCCGAGCGCGGCAAGAUGGAGCGCAGCGAGCGGCGCCACUCCCCGCCGCCCGGCCGAGACCUGAGCCCCAGCGCCGCGGGACAACAGAACUGCUGCUGGAACUGCGGGCGCAAAGCGCAGGAGACGUGCUCGGGCUGCAACGCGGCGCGCUACUGCGGCGCCUUCUGCCAGCACAAGGACUGGGAGAACCACCACCAGGUGUGCAGCGGCCGGGAUCAAAAACCAACUACACUCUUACGAACCUCUCCACCGACGACCAACCAGCAGCAACCAUCCCUUCCGAAACCGCUAACCCGCUCGACCACCCCGAUAACAACCACACAAACCCUCCCCGUGACAACCAACACUGAGCGGCAAGACAACCGGCUAUCAUUAACAACCCUCAAUUCAGCGGAGAGGUUGCUCACCACUAAUCUCGCAUCCCAAGAAAGGAGUUUAACCGCAACUUCGGAAAGGAUCGCGCUAGCUACCCUGUCCACUGCCCAGGGUCUGAUAGGGGGAAUAGGGGGGAAGAAAUGACGUCUUAACAAGGACUUUUUGGGUAACACCAUCAAGUUUCCGAGGAAAAUUAGGAGGUGAACUCCAUUUACAGGAGAUUUUAAUUUAGAUUAAACGGUGAAAGAUGUAAGUUUUUUUAAUACAGUGAUCCAGUGAACUUAGUAAGUUCACCUCGGAAUUUGAGAUACCCUGCUGAAUCUUUGCUUAAACUUGUAUUUUGGCAUUCUAAUCGUUCUCACAAAACCUACGAGUACGUAUGGUAGGGUGUACGCGUCUUUUAAAAUUCGAGGAUAAAGUAAAAAAUAUCAUAAUACCUCUGAAUCUUUCAAAUUCAGAGAUUCUUAUCUAAUUUUGACUAAUUUUACUGGAUCACAGUUGUUGUAUUUUUUCUUUAAUAAGGGAACAGAAUCUGUGUCCCACCUAUUUUUCCAGGAUUUCCAACUUUUCGUCAAGGGGAAAUUCUAUUCUAUUUAUAUUCUAAAAAAAGUCUACUAUUACACUAAAUACUGUCACGUCUUUUACUCGAAAGAAAAUUUUGGAAAUGGAUGAAAUUGUUGGAAUAUUAGACAUACCGGUAUCUUCCCAUAUUCAAUCAAUUCCAUCACAUUAGAUCUAUUUAUAAAAAGAGUUUAGUUACGUUUAUGUAUAUAGUUAUGUAAGGAAAGUAAUAAUUAUUUAUACUAACUCUCUCAAUCUUAAUAUUACUUAAAUUAAGUAUUUAUUGAUGUAGUAUUUAUAAACUGUACAUAGUAAAAAUAUGAUUUGUUAAAUGCAAAAUAGAAUUGUUUGUUUAUUUGUUAAACUUAGACUUAGAAUAAUUUUAUUUGUGAAUAUUUUAUUAAUUAAUUCUUAUGUAUAUAAGUGGUAUUUAAAAGAUAAGCUAAAAAUAAACAUUACUUAUGCUCAUAGCUCAUAAAUAUGUAACAACUAAAUUUGUUUACGCCGAUUAAAUAUUAUUUAUAUUAGGUAUUAAGUAAGCGGCUAUUAAUAAACGUCUACGUAACUUGUUUUUUAGGGUUCUGUAUGUCACGAACGUUUUCUGAAUGUGGGAUGCAAAUCAUUGAAGAUAUAAAAAACCAGAGUUUGACACAUUUAUAAGAUACAUAUUAUAAAAGAAAAAAAUGUAGGUAGUUAUAGCGUAGCUAGUAGAUUUGGUUCCUUUUUUUAGCAGCAUGCCGAGGUUUCUUAUUUUUUCUGGUUAAGCUUUACUUUCCAACACUAGUAACCAGAGGUUUAAUUUUCAAUAACAAAAACAUACAUACUACAGCUGAACAUAGAACCUUCUUUUUAAAGUCGCUUAAAAAUGUACCUACAGAUUUUCAAAACUCGACUGUCACGAUUAGUGUAUUAGAACAUAUUUGUCUUCGCACCUAUAAAAAAAAUAAGUAACACUUUUUGUAUAUACUAUGUAGAAACAUUCAGCUAAAUUUUAAUGGUUGUUUAU